AUGUUUCUGGUAAUAGGAGCGUUGUUUGCGCCGAUAAAUCGUGGUUUUUCUACCGGUUAUACAUCUCCGAGCGUUACGAAAUUUGUUAACAACGGUAUUUUGAAUGUGGCAACGGGUGACGUAUCGUUGUAUGGCAGUUUGGUUUUCUUUGGUGGGAUGGUUGGAUGUUUAAUUGCAGGACCAGCGAUGGACAAGUGGGGAAGGAAGGAUGUUUUGUUUGGAUGUGCAAUCCCUCAAGCACUUGGCUGGCUGCUAAUCGCAAUAUUCGGCGAUUACUGGCUAGCCGUUAUAACGAGUAGGUUCUUCACUGGCGUCGGCAGUGCGAUGGUGUAUUCAGCCUACGGAACCUACAUUGCAGAAACAGUGGACAGUAGACGCCGUGGUAUGAUGUGUGGCGUCUGCGAGCUGUGCAUAUCUAUGGGCACCACGGCCGCAUACUUUCUCGGAAUCUACUUGAACAACAGAUAUUUGGCUUUGGUAGGGGCCGCAUUGACUCUGGCUCUCAUGCUCGGAAUGUUUUCUCAGAAUGAAACACCACGUUGGCUGGUUGGAAAGGGCUAUCUGAAAGAAGCUUUCAGAGUUUUGAACUUAUUAAGAGAAGGACAAUCAGAAAGUGACGUCAACAAUGAAAUGGACAAAAUUGUUGCGAGGGUUUGUUUUAAUUUGUUGAUCCUCUUUAAAAAGUUGAAACGUGUUCAGCGUCAACUUAUCAUCUGCCUGCCUAUGAUGCUCCUGCAGGGUUUGUGCGGUCAGACAGCAGUCAGUGCUUUCAUGAAGUCCAUCUUCAAAUUUUCGAACAUGGACGACAGAUCGGCAGAGUACGCUUCAGUUUAUGUCGGCUGUUUGAGAAUCGUAACAACUGUCAUUGCCAGUUUCACUGUUGACAGAUUGGGACGAAGGCUGUUGUUGAUUGUUGGAGGGACUGGUCAGGCCGUCAGUUUGAUUGCCAUGGGAUGGGCCUUUCAUAUCGCAAAAAUGAACAGCAGUGCUCUGCUCUUUGCUGGAAUUUGUUGCUACCUGGCCUGCUACAGUUUUGGAUGGGGCACCGUUCCAUCGAUCAUAUUAUCGGAGAUGUACCCUCAGACGAUAAGAGCCGUAGCAUCGAGUGCUUCGACAUUCAUCGGAUUACUAGCCGGUUCACUAACGAUAUUAUUUUUCCAUCCUCUUGUCACUGCUCUUGGCGAGUCAGGCGCAUUCUAUUUAUUUGCAGUCGAUUGCCUAGCAGGAGCCCUCUACUCCUAUUUCAUCCUUCCUGAAACAAAAUCGAAGAGCCUGGAAAGUGUCGAAGAAUCAAUUUCGAACCGAACCGACGAACCGACCGAUACCUCAGCUAAGGAACUGGCUGUCAAAUAUUCUUUCAUCGGUGAUACGGAAAGAGAAAGCAUGAAGUUAUUAGCUUACAGCGAUGCAAGGGAUAGAAAAUGCUAUGAAACUUGUUUCGACAUUCCGAAAUCAUACACACAUAAAUGA